AUAUUAUUAAUAACUAUUAGAUUCAAAACCCCUCAAAACGAGACUAGUGUACUACUCUCUCUAGUCUCUACACUACUCAAACUUCCCUCCAAUAAUUAAUGUUAAUUAGCUUCUUUUAUAGCUUUUUCUCUCAGUUUGUGUUUGUGACACAUUUUAACUAUGCCAAACACUCUAGGAAAGAACCUAAACCUAAACCUUUGUUUCAAAAAUAUCAAGCUUUCACAACUAUUCUCCCAAUCUCCUCCUAUGACGACUCCACAAACAACCCCAGAAGAUCACAGCCGUCCAUUACCUCAACCCAAUUGCACCACAUCAAUCUUGGUUAGAAACUUCAACUCUCUCUACGACGAUGCCCUUGAUUCCACCUCCAAAUCCCUCACCAACUCUCCCUCCUCUCUCUCCGCCGCCUCCGUCCAAGAUGAUGACGGCGGAGCAGUCGCCGUCGCCGCUGGCGCUGCAUUUGCCUCCCGUAGAUUCUUCUUCUCCACCCCUGGAAGGUCCAACUCUAUCGUCGACUCCUCCGCUGCUAGUACUAGUACUACCGCCGCGACCGUAGUCUCCGCCGAACCAGAUGAGGAGGCCUCCGCUAAGCUCUUCGGCAACAGCGUGGCGGUGCCCACGAUCUCGCCGGAUCCCUACGCGGAUUUUCGACGGUCCAUGCAGGAAAUGGUUGAGGCGCGUGAGGUGGCCAUGGACGUGGACAAAUCCAAUUGGGAGUUCUUGCAUGAGCUCCUCUUGUGUUAUCUUGCUCUCAAUCCAAAGAGCACCCACAAAUUCAUUAUCGGCGCUUUCGCUGAUCUAGUUGUCAACGUUUUGCCUUCGCCGCCGGAAACUGGUGGCCGCCGGGAACCUGAUGUAGUCGCCGACAUGUAUGAGAAUAAGAGGUAGAUGAUUUGUCUUGGGUUCCUCUACUUAAACUUUACUAAUUAAUUAUAUAAAACAUGAAAUGGGGACUAAAGUUGGUCCCCAUUAUUUUAUACCCUUAUUGUAUGUUCAUGAAUGACUAUAUAUUAUAAAAUGUUUCAAUUGAUCCAACUUUUAAUUUUUGGUUCCUAAGUAGUCUUUUGAUUUUUGAA